GUUUGAAACGCACGAAUUCAAUAUCACCUGAAAUGGUGAAAUGGUUCAGUCAGUGGUCCAUCUAGAGAAAGGAGCAAAGAGACAGGGCGCAAGAAACAACCAUGAAUCAAUAUCGGCCAUAACAGUAAAUGCCUCAACAGUUGUUUUCAAUCAAUCACUUCGGAAAAAGAUGAACUAGCGAUGAUAUUCCCGUUGAUAUAACAAUCAAAGCUGUUUUUCUGAGUUUUUGGGUAGUCUAUUACUAUGAAAUCAAUCAGAAGAGAUAUUUGAUGUACAGAUGACGCCACCUUAUCGCCACCCUAUAUAUUAAUAUUGUUGACGCAUGCGCAUAGCAUCACCGAAAUUAAAAAAAAAACUCAUUUGAGUCGUAUGUCAUUCAAGUUUUAUAGGUUAUUCGUCAAAUGUUUCCUUAAAAACAUCAUAACUUGGAACCAAAACAUUGGAAGUAAGUAUAUGAUCGCUAUAUAGUGCGAAUAUAGUACAAUUGUUAUUGACCUAAACUGCCUAACAAUGAAAAAGCCUGUGUGUUCUGUUCCCUUUUGUUAUACGAGAAAAAGUGAGACUAUCAGCAUUCAUUCCUUUCCGAACGACUACAAUCUAAGGCAAGAAUGGUUAGGUACAAUUUUGGAAGCAACGGGAGUUGAAUGGUAUAAUAUUGGGGAGUUUUCUGGGAUCUGCAGCAAGCAUUUUAAAACAGAGUGUGUAAUACAAAAGAAUGAUGGAAGAAAGAUACUCAAGAGGGGAUCAGUUCCUUCAAUUUUCGAGCAGCCUCAAAAUGGAGAUAACAUAUGGCCGCCGCGUUCCCAUGGAAGGGUGAGCAAGGUCACCGACUGGGUUUUUUCAGAAAAGGCGUUGAGUAAAAACGAAAGUACGUGUAAAACAUGUUCUGUUAAUUUGUGUGCAUCACAAAAAUUUCAGAUGCAUGACUAUAUUCCUGAAUCAGAUAUCAAAAUAAAGGACAUGAUUAUUCUUCUGGUUCCUGGAAUGAAAUAUUCUUUGACGAAAAUUGAUAUCAUCUGCGAAGAAUGUCAUGAAACCUUGAUACAGUGUGCGCAAUUCAAGAAAACAUGUUUACUAGUAAAUUCAACAUUCCAAGGAAAACUACAGAGGUAUGGAAAGCGCCGUUCUCCCGCAGUUAUUAUUGAAGAUGUUUCGUUAUAUGGUCAAAAUGGCAUUGGAGUCAAUUCAUGUUCUAACAGUAUAACGCGUCUGAGUGAAGGAAGUUCAUCUCUAUUGAAAAAUACCAUGAAUGUUGAAGACAAUCCACUUUCUGAGAGUAUAACACUGCUGGAUGAAGGAAGCUCACCUGCAUUGGAAAAUACCAUGAAUGAUGUUAACAAUACUGCUGGAAGUGAAGAGGAUGUAGAAUCGAAUCCGGAAAUCACUGAUCAAAUUCUCGAUGAAAGUUGGGAUGUGUCAUUCAUACCACCAGAUUCACAAGAUGAUGAGGCAAAUACUAGUAGGCAGUUGGAAGUCAUCAAAAAUGUUCAGGAUGCAAUUGUUGAAGAUAACUCAACUGACAACACUACAUGCCCUGAAACUGAAAUGAUGACACUUAGCGAUGCAGAAUGUUCAUCUGUCAUGGAAGGUGUUGAUAAUAAUGUCAAUCCCAAUAAUCUAUCAGAGAAUGACAAUUCGUUUAUGCAAUCAAUCCCAGAACUGUUUCAUGUCCUUCCGGAUCAUGGUAGGAUAUUGUCAUUCGUGCAACCCGCAGAUAAAGAAUUUGAACAAUUCAUCAAUAUCCUAGCCAGCAAUGGAGUAAAUGUCUGCCAGUCUUUGAAUGAUAUAACAGAUGUAGGUAAACGAAAAAGAAUUUUACUGCUAGGAGAUACAUUAUCGUCCUGUCAAAUUUGCGGUGAAUCUUUUUCCAACACAGUAUCUCGUACAAAGCAUUUGAGAACUCAUAAGUUGAUACCAAAAAGGAUAUGCGGCCCAAGAGUUUAUAGACAUGGGGAUUUGAAGUGUGGAAGCUGCUUAACAACGCUGUCUACUCAAGAGGAUAUCGAAUAUCAUCGAAAAAUUCAUCCGCAGUUCGUUUGUGAGCUUUGCGGUAAACGUUCUUCCACCUUUCAAGGAUUGCAAGUACACAAAUUAGUACAUAAAGAGAGCGAUUUGAUUUGCGAGCAAUGUGGAAUGUUGUUCAAAAGUCCCUUUGCUCUGUCUCACCACAUAAACAGCCACAACAAAGAGAACUAUACGUGCCGGAGAUGCGAAAAAAUAUUCAACAGCAAGCAGGAUUUGAAGGAUCAUGUAAAAAGCACACAUGCCAUUGAUCCACAAAACAAGAAGGGGCACCCCAAGAAAGCUAGUUCAAGAAGUAAAAAAUGUGGAAGAGAUCACAUUGCCACAAGGAGUUGUGAAAGAAAUAAUACAACAUCCACAAGAGUCACUAGAUCAUCAAAAAAUAAAGGUCCAUACAAAUGCCAUAUUUGCUCGAAAGUUUCUCCAGAUUAUGUGAGAUUCGUAAUACACAUGCGAAUGCACAACAGAUCAAAGAGAUUUCCUUGUGAACUUUGUCAAAGGACUUUCAAGCUUGAAUCCCGCAAGGACCAGCAUAUGGAAAUAGUACACAAAAAAUCGAAAGAAAACAUGUGCAUGAUCUGUUUGGAACAGUUCAGAUCAAGAGAAGAAUUGGAGGCGCAUGUGGAUCAACACGUGGAGAAUAUAUAUAAAUGCGAUAUAUGUGGAGUUACCUUCGAAAAAGAUGACCAGCUGAAUCAUCACUUGGUGACGAAUCAUGUAGAUACUGGAGCUAAAUAGGCGUGAAGUCAACAACUCAAUUUCCACUUUUGGCCUGGCGAAGUAUUGUUAUAUUUUUUUAAAUGUGUUAGUUUUGGUUUUAAAUGUUUUCAGAACAAAUUGGUAAUACACCUGACAUUUCUUCAA